UGGACAGUGAGAGAGAGAGACAGAGAGAAAGGUCUUCCUUUUGCCGUUGGUUCACCCUCCAAUGGCCGCCGCUGCAGCCGGCGCACCGCGCUGAUCCGAUGGCAGGAGCCAGGAGCCAGGUGCUUUUCCUGGUCUCCCAUAGGGUGCAGGGCCCAAGCACCUGGGCCAUCCUCCACUGCACUCCCUGGCCAUAGCAGAGAGCUGGCCUGGAAGAGGGGCAACCGGGACAGAAUCUGGCGCCCCGACCGGGACUAGAACCCGGUGUGCCGGCGCCGCAAGGUGGAGGAUUAGCCUAUUGAGCUACGGCGCCGGCUACAUAUAUCUCUUCUAUUUAUUGCAGUGUUUAGACAUUCACCAACUGUUGAAACAUUUUCAGAGAUACAAAGAGGGCUGAAUGGUUAAAUCGGAGUCUGAGAACUCUUAACUAAAAAUGGCUUUAGAUCUUACAACUUCAUUGAAAAGGAAACCAUCCAGGAAUGAUCUUAAUCCAGACAACCCAGAGUUGACAACAACCCAAGAAUCCGCUGUCCAGAUGGAAGAGACAUCUGAGGGCUCGAGCAUAGUCGACACAUUUCAGUACAACAGUAACGCAAGUUCAAGGCAGGAGCUGCAGAGACUCCUUGAGUCUUUUUACUCAUGGCUGCAGCCCGAAAAGCACAGCAAGGAAGAAAUGAUCGCUCAACUGGUUUUUGAGCAGUUUCUAAAGAGUGGCCAUGCCAGGGACACAUCCACGUUGAAGACGAAAUGGGAAGCAAGAGACAGAAACCUGGAGAAACUAAUGGAAGACCUAAAUGAUGAUUGCACGAAGCCACCUGUCUUAGUCCACGUCUACAUGCAGGGACAGGAAGCCCUUUUUUCAGAGAAUAUGCCUCUAAAAGACGUCAUCUUUUACCUCAAGAGACAGCUGUCAGCAGGAACCCCAACAGCAGACAACACGAGGACACCCUUAUGUACUCGCCACGGCACUUCCGUGGCAACAGCACAAGAAGAAGAAGAUGGCUGCAACGCUUCUUUGAAGACUACUCAAGUAAAUGACACUCCUACCAGUCAGAGCGAUCAAAUCAUUUCCCUAGUCAUUAUCCAGGAAGAGGACAGUCCCAGCAGUUCUGAAGAGGGAUGUGUUCCUCUCGGGAACACACAUAGUUCUAGAAGUUCAGAGCAAGGCAUCCAGGGGUCCCAGGAAGGAUGCCUAGAGGGGCCCUCUGAGCAACACGGCCCCAUGGAGGUGAGGACAGGGCUCUUACCCAGUCCAGAUGCGUCCUCCCCUGAGCCUGCCCCUACCAAUCAGAGUAGUGAGGGAAACUCCACAAGUGGGGGACAUCAAGAGAGGUCCCACAGUGCCUCAAAAUCAUAUGAAUGUGCGGAAUGCUCCAAGGUCUUUAGCUAUUCCUGUCAGUUGAUAGCUCACCAGAGAAGACACAGAAAUGAGAGGCCGUUCGUUUGUGCUGAGUGUCACAAAGGCUUCUUCCAGAAUUCAGACCUGCGUGUGCAUCAGAUGAUUCACCAAACAGAGAAGCCUUUCGUAUGCAGCACUUGUCAAAAGCCUUUCAGCCACAAAACCAACUUGAAGGCUCAUGAAAGAAUUCACACAGGCGAGAAACCCUAUACAUGCUCCUUGUGCCACCAAAGCUAUCGCCAGUCAUCCACAUACCACCGCCACCUGAGGACGCACCAAAAGACUGCUCUCAAAAAUGCUCCCUCCACUCCAGACGCCUCCUCAGCUUCUUCCCUGAUGUGAUGUGUGUGUUUCCAUACUAUUUAGAAUCUAUUUAGAAGACACUGGAAAACUAUUUAGAAGAUUCUGUGAGAACUCAGAAAGUCUCUGGAGCUUGCUCCCGGCUCUUCUUGGGGCUCUGCACUUAGACACAGGUGUUAGAAGUGAGUCAGGGAGGUGAGCAUUGUUGCCAGAGCUGAGACCGGUUGGCCAGAGCCCACAGGGCUCCAGUUGCUUGAGUCCUUUGGGCGGAACUAUCCAGAGGAAGCUGAUGGCCCUGAGGUACACCUUUAACAGUGGGGCACACUGAUCACAGUUGGCUAGAACAAUGGCUGCAUUGUUGCCUGGGACUUUUUGACCAGGGGCAUUGCUAAAAUAAUUAGUGCACAAUCCAUCCUGGCUGUUCUUUUGCUGGAGCUGAGAGGUAAUAAGCUCAUCAGUGCUUCCACCCAUCAUGUGUCACAGUGGGAUGUUCUUUCAGCCUACUGCAACCAGACGUGUCAAAUCCCUUCACCGAUCUUUUUUUUUUUUUUUAACAGGCAGUGUGGACAGUGAGAGAGAGAGACAGAGAGAAAGGUCUUCCUUUUGCCAUUGGUUCACCCUCCAAUGGCUGCCGUGGCCGGCGCACUGCGCUGAUCUGAAGGCAGGAUCCAGGUGCUUUUCCUGGUCUCCCAAGGGGUGCAGGGCCCAAGGACUUGGGCCAUCCUCCACUGCACUCCCUGGCCACAGCAGAGAGCUGGCCUGGAAGUGGGGCAUCUGGGACAGAAUCCGGCACCCUGAC